AUGUCGCUACUGCGCUCUAACGGGGUGCUCAGUUCCUGCGAACCAUGCCGUAAAUCCAAGAUCCGAUGCGACCACGCCGCCCCUUGCGGCCGAUGCCGGCGCAGACGCAAGCCGGCCCUGUGCGUGUACCAACCGGCCCCGAUGUCCAAGCAUCCGAACAGGAUGGAUCGCAGCUCCACCGACUCCAUCUCGUGCGGAAGUGGCAGCAACAUUACUACCAGUACCAGUAUCAGCAGUGCCUGGACGAGCCCGCUGCCUCCUCCCUCGCUAGUCACUCCGCCCUUGCCUCCGGGCCAUCUCCGCGACGGCUACCUCGCCGAUUGUAGUCACCGCAGCACCUCGACCCCCAGCACUGGCGUCUUCGGGCCCACCAGCUACCUAUCCGUGCUGCGUGACGACGUUAACGAUGGCUCGUCCAGUAUAGCCCUCUUUGCUAAAUCCCUGCAGCAGAACACCAGCGCCAUCAUCGACGACAGCCAGGUCCAGCUUGGCGCCGAGCUGCUCCUCAUCCUGCUCGAUGAUUUUGCUUUAUACGAACACAUGGCCACGGCACGGUUCGACCACUGCCAAGGCGAUCUAUUUCCCCCAUCUGCCCUGCGUCUGAUCCUGUCUUCCAUCCGGAAUAUGCUGCACGAGGCCAUUUCCGAUCCCGCUAAUCCGCUCCCUUCUCUACUUAUCCUCUCCCGAAGCAUUUUUACUGCCUCCUCCAAACCAUUGAUCGUAGACCCUGCCAUCACCCACACGGAAUAUUUUUCCUGUAUGUCGAACCGUUGGGAGAUUAUAGGGCUAGUCUUUGCGGUGAUUGGUUCCAGCGCGUGUCUCCUCCCGCAACACGAGCUGGCUGCGUAUUCCCCACCGAACCGUCCCCCGCUUGACAAAAAGGGUCUUGCAGCUGUCUGUGUGUCCGUGAGUGAAAUCUGUCUUCGUUUUUUCGACUACACCGGUGUCAUUUCUGAACAGCUGUGUUGGGCGACGCUGGAACAUGCUUCGCUUCUUACCCUGCUCUAUGGGGAUUACGGUACCCUACCCACCUUCCUCACUCUUCACACCUAUUACCUAGUGUCCACUUACCAAAAUCCCUCUCUCCCUACUCUACCCCCCACCAAUGCUAACAAAGAAACAGACUACCGUCCCUACAAGACCCUCUCUGCACUAAUAACCCUUCUCUUCACCCUGGGCUACCACCAACGCGAUGCCACAUCAAAACUCCCUUUCUUCCGCGCGGAACACCGCAAACGCCUCGUCGUCGCUGCCUACGCCAUGGACAAAGGGCUCUCCACAUUCUUAGGUCGUCCACCCCGCAUGAUCCGUCGGUAUAUCACAGUCGACCCGCCAUUGGACAUAGCCUUCGCAGAUAUCAUAGCCUCGCCAGAAGUUCUCGACGCCGCGAUGACACGCCUGGAUAAUAAUGGCUGGAACGCAGAGGGGGCGUAUACACGGGGAUCAUACGCGAGAGCAUGCUUCAUGAUGGGGGUUAUCAGGGAGGCAGCACUAGAGAUUUCUCUAGUUUCGAACAUCAUGGAAGGAGAGGGGUCAGAAUUGGAGGAGAAAAUUACAGAGAUAUCCGCCCUCGCCGCAAAAGCACGUCUUUCGCUCCCCUCAUCGCUGUACCGUAUCAGCACGCCAUCGGACUUCGACCGUUGCCCCGAAACAGCCAAAGUUUGCCUUUUCGUGCACAUGGACUCACUUUAUAAUGAGUUCAUUCUCCAGCGGAUCUUAGUCCAGCGAACGGGCGCCAGCACAGAGAAAUUGAUUGCUGUCGCGCACGAGCUGCUGGACAAUAUAUUGUUGUUGAUUGCCAAUCGCGCUGUCGGUGGGGGUGAUGGGAAUUCUGUUGUUUGGAUUAUGUCCUCCCUCGGCCUACCCCCCGCCGGUGUCCUGGCUGUUGAACUGCUGCAUCAAUCACAGAACCCCGAUUCCAAUUUUCAGUCAGCAGGGGGGGUUUCCCGCUCGGAAAUCAUCCAAAAUCUGAGCCGCUUUGCUGCGGAUCUUGAGUAUGUAGUAUCCAAGCAGGCGGGGAACUAUGAUGUUUGCCAGCAGGCGAGGUCAGUGAUUAGGCAUAUCCUUGAUCGGGUUUUGGGGGGAAGGGUGCCAGUUGUGGAGGCGGGGGAGGUGGUGGAGGGUGAAUAUGGUAGUGGAAACAACAAGGGAGAUGCGGUCGGGGAAGGGACUGGGCCCGGAUUUGUGGCACGAGAUUGGAUAUCAUGGGAUUUUAAUGCCUGGAUGGAUGAGGAUUCGGAUUUGGUUAGGUGGUUAAAUAGUUUCGAGUAG